AUGUGGAAUUUUGCAUUUCUUUUAUUUCUCUACAAACUAAUCAACAACUCUUUUCUUCUUCUACUUUCAGCGGGCAGCGCACGUAACUCAACAACCCUGCGCGUACGCGGUAGGCUCAAUACUGGUACGGCUGAAAAAUCCUUCCUCGAGCCAUUGCGCAUAAAUAGACUGCAGCUGCUGGAGCGUGAUCAACAAAUAUCCGAGAAUGUUGUCUCCUCAUCGACCACAACAGGAUUGAAAUUGAUGCGCGCCAUCACAGCCGAACAAAUGGAUCUCGACGAUGACAUCACCGACGAAGAAGACUGCGAAGUACAUUCCAUAACAAGUGGGGCGCAAUGCUACAAUAGACACAACAACAACAACAACACCAGCAGCCACAACAUUAAAACAGUAUUCACAGUACCCACGCCGCAUGACAAACAAUCACUGCCACCCAAAACAGCAACAACAACAUCAACAACAACAACGACCUCUGCGAACAAUCAGCAUAGCCCGAAACAUUACCAGCAGCAAUAUUACGCCGCUAGUGAUGACGACGAACAUGAUUCCGAUACAUAUUCAAGCAUAUGUGAGAUUAAAAAUACCGAAGGCUUAUUGGCAAUCGCACUAAAAACCAUCAAACUGGUGAAACGUAAUCAAAUGUUGCAACGCCGUUUGGCGCAGCUGCAGCUGGAAACUUCAGAAUUCAUACAAUCGGUGUUGGCAAAUCCAGAGAAUCGUCACUUUCGCAACAAAAUGCAAAAGCCUUCAUCGCCAUCGGUCACGUCUGCCACAUCGCCCAGUGUAACGCCUUUGCAGGCGUUGCAAUCACCAACAGCGACGACGGCUGACAAUUGAGCGUAGUAGAUUUCUCAUAGAAAAUACAUAUGUACAUCCAGCUAUGCAUUUGCAUGGUUCCGGCGGAUAUGUUGCUGUUGGCGUGCUUCAAAGCGCUUUUUAGCAACAUGUUGCUCACUAAUAAUAAUGUUGCGAUGCACAAAUCAGCUAUUAAAUACAUAUAUACAAGCGCUUAUAGUACCAGAGAACUUAGAUAGAUAGAGA